GUUAUGUCUCCAUAACCUACAAGUAUUACAAUGAAAGCGACAAACAUUUUACUUAUAUCAUUAAAGUGAAAUUGUUUCAAAAUAUACAGUUGUAAGUUGUGCAAUGUGCUAAAAUGACAUAUUCGAAUGUACAGCGAGUAAGAAUUCUGUAUAAAACUAUUCUAAGGUUACAUCGUGGUCUUCCCAAAGAACUCAGUGAACUAGGCACAAAGUAUGUAAAAGAUGAGUUUAAAAGACAUAAAAAAUGCAGAAAAGAAGAAGCAGCGGUUUUUAUAGACGAGUGGACGAAUUAUGCCAUAACUUUGACCAAACAACUGGGACUCAAACAGCUUCAUUCUGAGAAUAAAAUCGGAUGUACGUUGAGGGAAUCAGACUUGGAAAAAUUUAGAGAUGAGCAGAUUUAUCAGCUACAUGAGUUGAUGAAAGCUUCUAGAAGUGACAAAGAAUCUAGUCAAUAGUUGGUACUGCAGAAUAUGUAGGUUUCAACUGAACAGUAAUAUUAGAAAAUGUAUAGUUAUUGAAAAGAAAAAAAGUAAAUAAAAUAUAAUGGUAUAUAAA